AUGGCUUCACAAGCACCUAACCAGCCGCGCCCUUACCCAGGCAACUACCUUCCCAAUGGUGGCGCUCCUGGCGGUCCAUCCGGCCCAGCGCCUGGAGCUGUCCCGCUGCUCCCUAACCAGGGCCGCGUGAUCCAGCAGGGAAGCGUACGAGUGCUAUGCAUUGCAGAUGUCCGAGGAAACCUGCAAUCGCUCAACCAGCUCGCCGCCGACGCCCGCGCAAACUACAUCAUCCACACUGGCGACUUUGGCUUCUACGAUGAUCGUUCGCUUGAUCGCAUCGCCGAGAAGACCCUCAAGCACGUGGCCCAAUACUCACCGCUGCUCUCAGAUGCCGUGAAGCGCUCCAUCGCUUCAGCCCCUCCGCAACCGCCUAUCAAGGAGCGCUUCGCACGGGAGCACCUGCCACUCUCAGAACUGCCCCUCUUCCUCAACAAGACCUACACCCUGAACGUACCAGUAUACACCGUCUGGGGUGCUUGUGAAGAUGUGCAAGUACUGGAGAAGCUGCGAUCGGGCGAGUACAAGGUGGACAACCUGCACAUCAUUGAUGAGGCGCAUUCGCGGCUACUCGAUGUAGGUGGCGUCAAGCUGCGACUACUUGGUCUCGGAGGUGCCGUCGUCAUGCACAAGCUGUUCGACAAUGGCGAGGGCAGGACUACCAUUGCAGGUGGACAGGGCACUAUGUGGACUACUCUGCUGCAGAUGGGCGAACUUGUCGACACGGCCAACCGCGUAUACGAUCCGACCGAAACCCGCAUAUUCGUCACCCACGCAUCUCCCGCCCGCGAAGGUCUGCUCAACCAGCUAUCCGUCACGCUCAAGGCAGAUUUCUCUGUCUCAGCUGGUCUGCAUUUCCGCUACGGUAGCUCGUACAACGAGUUCAGCGUCAACCCCACCCUCGAUCACUACCGCGGAAAGCUUGCUGCGUCCAAGGCCUCAUUCAACGACGUUUGGGAUACUGUCAAGACAGAAGUUGAGCCAGCGGUUGCUGAUAGCGAGUCCCAGCAACGUCUGCUCGCCCUAGCGCUGGAAAUCGUAAACAAGAUGCCUACUGUCGCCAAUGGCGGAAACCCCUUCGGUGGUCCUGCUCCUGGGCCUCAGAGCGGUCAAAUCGACGAGAGCGCCUUCAAGAACAUGUGGAACUUCAACCUUGCAGAUGCUGCUUACGGAUGGCUUGUACUGGACAUUGACAAUGGCAGGAUCGGUACCGAGAUGAGGGCCCAGGGUUUCAACUUCGCUCACCGAGGUGGAAAGGUUGCGCCUGGUCAAACUCAGCCCGCAGCCGCCAACACCAGCACUGGUCCCCCAGCUGCAGUGAACCCUAGCCCUUCUGCUCAGCCGUCUCCUGCUCCAGGACGUCAAGCCGGCCCACCAGCGAGUGCUCCUCAGCAACCCCGCCCCGCUGUUGCAACCCCACCGGUUCCUCAACAACAGAAGCAGAAUGCUGGCCAGCCUACACGCACCGGCCCCUCCCCCGCCCCCGCUGCUACACCUAAAGAGCCCGUCAAGGCCGCUACACCACAGCCUCCAGCCAACAACACACCGGCGAACGCUGCUGCUGAAAAGGCUAUCCCUAGCGAGGUCAAGCCUAAUGGCACUUCGGCGCCAGAGAAGGGACCUGCAUCUCCAGCGCCCCGCGAGCCUGCUGAGCGCAAGGAAAGCAAGGGUCUCUUCAUUGCUGGUGUAAAGGAUGAGGAGGAAGCCAAGAGUCUGCUUGCUGAGGAAGACAGGCCCAAGGUGGAGAAGAUGGAGAAGAUCAAGCACUUCUUCGUCGCCCAUUUCGCUACUUCUCAAGACAUGCACGGUGCGCUCCGUCGCGUUGCGGACGAUGUCAGGAAUGCUAGGGGUGGCCCAGACAACAAGACCGUCAAGGUGUACAACGAGCGCGGUCCUGGUAGCAACCAGCCCAGGUACGGAGCCGGCAGCUGGCAAGCUAGCAACCGCGGCGGCGUCCAGGGUGGUGGUUACCGAAGUGGAGGCGCCUCGGACAGUGAGGGUGGUCGUGGCGGUCGUGGAGGCCGUGGCGGUGCUUCCCGUGGCGGACGAGGUGGCGAGCGAGGUGCUCGCGGAGGCCGUGGUGGAAGGGGAUCAUUCCGGGGUGGUGAAGGUGCGGCUGCGGCAUCAACUGGAGGCGAGUCAUAG